CAAUGGGCUCCAUCAGUGCAGCAAAUGCAGAAUUUUGUUUUGAUGUGUUCAAAGAGGUGAAAAUCUACCGCAGCAAUGACAACGUGCUCUUUUCCUCCCUGAGCAUGCUUUCAACCCUGGCCCUGGUGUAUAUGGGAGCAAGGGGUAAGACUCAGUCCCAGAUGGGGAAGGUUCUUCACUUUGAUAAUGUUACAGGAGAUGGAGACAUUUCUGAUUCCCAGUGUGGCACUGCUGAGUACAUCCACAAAUCAUUCAAGGAUCUUCUCUCGGACAUCCGCAGGCAAAAUGCUACUUACUCACUCAGGAUUGCUGACAGACUCUAUAUUGAAAAAACAUACCCUAUUCUUGAGGAAUACAUAAAGUGUGUAAAGAAAUUCUACAGAGCAGAGCUGGAAGAAGUUGACUUCAAAACAGCUGCAGAGGAAGCAAGACAGCUCAUCAAUUCCUGGGUGGAGAAAGAGACAAAUGGACGGAUCCAAGACCUUCUUGCCUCAGACUCUGUUGAUCUCAAUACUGCGCUGGUCUUUGUGAAUGUCAUUUACUUCAAAGGGAUAUGGAAAAUUGCAUUUAAAGAAGAACACACUCGGGAAGAGCCUUUCAACGUGACUGAGGCCAAUCUCUCUGGCAUCUCUUCAGCAGAGAGACUGAGGAUAUCUGAGGCCAUCCACGAGGCAUACAUGGAAGUCACUGAAGAGGGCACUGAGGCAGGUGGCUCAGAGGUUGUGCCUGGAGACAUCCAACAUUCCUCUGAGUUUGAAGAGUUCAGGGCUGACCACCCAUUCCUUUUCUUGAUUAAACACAAUCCAAGCGACAUGAUCCUCUUCUUUGGUAGAUAUUGUUCCCCCUAAGGAGAAAAAGAGCUGGAAGUAAUGCUUUCCUACCCCUAAGAAACAGAUCCUCUUUAGUAUUGUAGUAUAAUCUCAUCUCUUCACUAUCACUAAGUGGGAAGCCUUAAAUAUUUAGGGAGAUAUUCCUGAAGAAGUGUGUGACUUUUCAGAUCUCUGGGUGCAGAUAUUUCUGCUUACACAAGUUGUACUUAGGACUUACAUCCAGGAAUAAAUGAGAACUCCAAGAGGUAGCUUAGAAGUAUUUUCCAUCCUGACUGAAUAACUUAAGAUUCAGGACCAGAGUUUUGAUUCUUGUGAGAAAUUCUGACACUGAUAUUGAGAGUCUGUUUUUUCUAUACGAGUUCUCUGAAAUAAACACAGCUUUUAGAAUAUUCCUGUUCCUUUCUGUUGAACUCGUUGGGCAACCACCCUUGAAUUGAUGCCUGGACAACUUGCAGAUGAAAUUCAUUAUUUCAGCAAAUCGUUCUUCUUUGAGUAAUGCAUCUGUGCCUCCUUGUGCUGCACAUAUUGUAAGGCUAGGGUCUCUUGUUCUGAGGGGGCAUGCAGAAAGUUUACC